UAUUUAGAACGACUAAAAUAUUUGAUUCUUGAUACUCGUAGUAGUUCAGAUUAUCAACAGAUAUGACGUCUACUAAGUGUAAAGUUGAAUCAGGUAUUCAGUUAUUGGCCCGAUUAACAAAAAAAACAGGAAUUCAAAGGUUUUACCCCACUAUUUUUGGAAAUGGACCAAAUCUUGGAGAAUUUAUUGAAAUUUACAGUGAAGAAAGUACUGCUUGUCUUCUCGCUGAAUUUAUAUGUGAAUCAUUAAUUUCAAAUGAAUUAGGAGGACCAGAAUCUAGUGUUAUAGUUUUUAAUACUGAUGGAAAAUUGACUUUAGAUUAUCUUAUAAAUAUAGCUAAGAGUAAAAUUUUAAAACUAUCCAAUGACAACACCCACAAAUCAUCAACAAAUAAUAUCAAUGUUUUGCUUAAUUCAAUAUUAAAAAAAAUGUUUAUUGUAGAUAUAUAUGAAUCUACACAAUUUUAUAUAACUAUACAGAAUUUAGAUUUUUUUUUGAUAAAGAACCCAAAUAUAUCUUUGAUAAUAUUUGACACAUUAACAGCAUUUUAUUGGGAUGAACAAGAUUUACAAAAAGUUACUAAAAUGGAUUUGUAUAUAAAAAAGUUACUUCGUAUGAUACAAAAAGUUGUUAAAGAUUUCAAAGUUACAGUUAUCUAUAGCAGACCAGAAUAUUUCAGCACUAAUAAGGAACCUAUUGAGAACCUGGAACCCUGUUGUGAAAAACCAGUAAUUGAACAAAUCAACUAUAGAAUACAGAUAGUUUACAAUGACAAUGGUCAGAAUCAUAUUAAUGUGAGGACAUAUGAUAAGCAGUUUCAAAAAGCUUUUAAUAUAAUUAAUGAUGAGAUAAUAUGGAUGUGAGAUAAAUACACUAUAAGAAAUCAAUUGUUUUAUUUGGCAGUUAGAGGAAUCAACUAUUUUAUAAAGGGUAGAAAUAUUAGAUAAAAACAACUAUUUGAGAUAUAACCAUACAAUCUACAAUUUCUACAUUAUUGUGCAAUUUAUUAUAAAUCUAAAUAGAAGAAGAGAAUAAAGUGUUAUCUAUUUUAAACAACUUGUAUGAUGAAUAAACUGGAAGUAUUUAAUAAAUUUCAUAACAUUAGUUCUAAUGAUGGAUUACAAUUUUUGGUGAAACCAUUAUAUUUAAUAAAAUAUGAUAAUUCCACUGCACCAAGCAAUAACUUAAUUUAUGUACUGAUUUUGUAUUGAAUAC